CAACAUACAGCUAUCAAACAUCUCAAACUGGGGUUUGAAACGAAAUCGUUAUAAAACGGAUUACAAACAAAUAUUGAUGUGAACAGAAAAUAAUACGCAAUACUGAAAAACACAGUAUUAAAUAUGUCUACGAGAUCUGGCAAGAGGCUUCACAAUGCCUCCAAUGAGAAUAUUGAACCCGAAAUUUCUUUAAAAAGUGACAGGAAGAUGCGAAGCAAACGUGUUGUAGAUAACAGUGAAAGUCAGGAAGCAAAAACUACUAAGACACGCCAAAAUUACGUGAGUUACCCUUCCGAGGAGGAUACUGCCGAUGUGAACUCUAUGGAAAACGACGUACAACUCAAACCCGUCCGCGCCUUGCGGCGGCAAACGCUUAAAGAGCAAAACGCGGCUACCGAGGAAGCGGACACUGCCAUCACUAUUAAGAAACAGGUCAGAUCAACUCGACGCACUAAAAAGUUCACUGAAACCCCCGCAGACGACGUGCCGGACGUUCCUGUAAACGAGGAAUCCGUUGAAGUUGCUACUGUCACCAAUACGAAGACUAAAGGCAAGAGAAACAAGAAUAAAUCAAAGAAAAAAACAACCUAAGUUAAUGACAAAGAAAAUAAGGUUAAAGUUGGGAAAAAGAAGAAGAAUAAGAAGAAAAAGAGCUCACAAUCUAAUUUAUUAGCUGAGCAGGAAGAGUUGAGUGUGAAGAAGAAGAAUGACAGCAAUGUGUCUACAGACUCUUUCCACAGUGCUGCUGGCAGCCCCCUACACAAGCAAGUCACUCCCCUGCUUAACAACAGUGUCAGUAAACAACCAGGUGACACUGAGACACUUAACAUACUGAAAGCUAGUGCCCAGAGAAGGUCAAGCCUUAAGAGGGUUCCUGAACAAAAUACUUCAACUACGACAAUGGAGGUAGAUAAAGUGGAUGCAACAAAAGUAACUGAAAUAUUGAUUGUCCGAGCCAGCAAGCGCAGCAGGUCUAGUGUGAAAAUAGUGCCAGACAAAGAUAUAUUGCCAGAUACUGCUGAGAAAGUGGAUUUAAAUGCCACAUUUGAAAAGGAACCUGCAAAGGAGAGUUCUAGUAAAAAGAAAAGGAAAUCUAAUGUGAUGGAAGGAAACAAUGACCCUGUGGUAAUAAAUACAUCAACUAAUUUAGAUGUUCCAAAGACAUCUGAAGUAUUACUUAAUACUACUUUUGAAAAAGAUGACAUGGAAAUAGAUGAGACAGGUAAAAGGAAGAAAAAAUCUGACAAAGAACUGACUAAUGAUGACCAGACAAGUAAUAUCUUAGAUGUAAGUUUUGAGAUUAGGAGAUCGCUCCAAAAAUCUGUAAGUGGAUCUGAAGAGGUUACAGUUUUAAAUAGCACCUUUGAAUUAUCUCCUAAACCUGAGCUGAUCAAACAUAAAUCUCUUGACUCCACAUAUGACAAAGAAAGCAAACUUGACUCAACAUUUGACAAAACUACUCGGAAGCCAAGCUUGGGUUCAAAAUCAUCUCUCAUAACUUCUGAUGACGCCACUAACUCCUCAAUAGUCACACUUGACAAAUCUGAUGACAAUUCAAAAAUCAACAUCACUGAUGAUGACUCCAAAACUGAAAACAUCCUUAACACUACACCGGUCUUGAUAGAGAGCUCAAUGGAGGAAUCAAGAGUAAGUGUCCUAGAAAGUUCACCAAAGGAGAACAAAACUCCAGAAACCAAACCAAAAUGUACAACACCAUUGAAACGGGAAGGCACUUUCACCAAAGACAGUCCAUGCACGUCUCCAAAAACACCAAACAAGCGACAAACUUUGCCUGCAGCGGGCUGCACGCCUUACCAUUCAGACAGGAAGGGAUCACAGACAAAGAGGACCCUUAACCAGACACACUCCAUAGAGAAGCCGAGCCGCCGGUCGUCACUCGCAGAGGUGCCUACUAGGGCUACGCGCGUUAUGUUCUGCAGCCCUGUGAACAACCCAGGUGUAGCCACGGAAAGGAAGAGCAAGAUCAUCAAGUCCAACCUGAAGGGUUCUAAUAAGAGCUUUGUUUUUGAAGAAAGUGAUUCUGUGCUGUCUUCGGUCCCAACACGCCUGGGCCGCAAGCGCUCAUUCACACACACAGACGGGGAGCAGGCCAGCGCUAAACGAACUCGCCUUAACACCGAGCGGUCUCUGCCCGCGGCCCGAGCGCGUGCUAAUAGCGCUGUGGCAAAACUGUCAAAAGCACCGACCCCGUCGAAGCCCGCCAGCCCGAAGUCGGAAGUGAAGGCGACGCGGCUGCCCGACUUCGCCGCGCUGCACGCGCGCCGCUUCCAGCGCAUGGAGUCGCUCGGCGACUGCCAGCUGCGCCGCGCCCGCCGCGCCCGCCAGCUGCUGGCGCCCGCUGGCAGCGUGGCCGUGCUGGAGAGGAGCAGCCCGAGAGUGACCCUCGACCCGAAGCUGCGCGGCACGCCUAGCAAGCCCGCCGCCGCCCCCGCCGUGGCCCCCUCCCCCGCCGUGGCCCCCGCCCCCGCCGUCACCGUGGCCCCCGCCACCGCCGUCACCGUGGCCCCCGCCCCCGCCGUCACCGUGGCCCCCGCCCCCGCCCUCAUCAAGCCCUCCAAGCUGCCCACACUAGAGACCCUCCAGCGCGGAUACACCAGGUUCGGCUUUAAGAUGAACUGCGACGUUAACCCCUUCAGCGUCCAGAAAACUAACAAGCCAAAGGAGAAACCUAAUGGUAUCAAACCAAAUGGCUUUAAAAACCUUAAAGUUAUUAAACCAGUUUUAAAACGCGAGGUCAUGCAACCUUCUUUAGCAGGGACGACAUCACUGCGCAGGGCUGCCGCUAAGCAAACUAUAAUGAGGGAGAAAUCCUUCACUCUCGCUGAAAAACGAACCGAGACGAGGAAGGAGGUUAGAACGGUUAUCAAGGGCGUGAGGACUAACAGGCGUUUUGAGCUGCAGAUGCAAUCGAGGAAUCUAAACGGGUGAUCGGGAAAUGUGCUUUUACGUUUGCUACAUCACUGAGCAACAGCACUGGAGUGCAGGCAUCGGUGUAGUGUUGUAUACCAUAAUAUCAUUUUCUGUAACUACUUCACAGUUUGCCCUAAUUAACUCUAAAACUCUGUUGAACCUGAUUGAAUAAUUUUCUUUACAUUUUACCUGCUUUAGUCAAAGGACGACUGGAAGAGAAUGAUUUAUACUAUUUAAGCAUUAAGUCUGUCUUUUGUGCAAUAAGGAUGACAUAAGUAAACGCACAGCCCCCAUCAGAUGUAUCAGACCGGCCUCGGAAUUCAUAAUUAUCUGAACAAAACUUCUAUGUAUUAUCAAGAAUUCAAGACCUUAAAGUGCAUGUUCAUAUUUUGAGCACCUUGGUUGCUCUGAUUGGUUUCUUUAACAACAAUUCUAAUUAACAGUGUAUCAUAAGGCAAAAUUAGACUAAGAUGUAUUAUUUUGGCAAUCAAUAUGUUACUGCAAAUGAAAUUAUGGUAAAUAUAAAUAACCCGAUGUUAUGUUAUGUUAGUGAAACAUCACACCAUUAGUUAAGUUUUCACAUUAUAGUGGGAAUAUAAGAACAUUAUAAACUGUAGGUUAUAGAAGUAGACCGCG